AUGACAUCCUUCUAUGAUAUGAUCAAACUAAGAGAGUCACUGUCCUCUUUUACAGAUGGAGCCAAGCCCAAACCAAAGUUUGUGCCAAAUAUCUCUGCACCAAAGAUGCCUGAUGGCGAGAAAGUGGAUUUUGAUGACAUCCACAGGAAGCGUCAGGACAAGGACCUGUCUGAGCUCCAGUCUUUGAUCGAGUCUCACUUUAUCCAGAGGAAGAAGGAAGAAGAGGAGCUCAUCAGUCUCGUCAACAGGAUUGAGAAACGUCGAGCAGAGAGGGCAGAGCAGCAGAGGGUUCGUGCAGAGAGGGAGAAGGAGAGGCAGGCCAGGGUUGCGGAGGAGAAGGACAGGAAGGAGGCAGAGGAUCAGCGUAGGAAGCAGGAUGAUGACAUCAAGAAGAAGAAGGCUCUCACCAACAUGACCCACCAGUAUGGAGGAAUCCAGCAGAAGAGUGAAAACCGCAAAGGAGCCAAGAAACAGACAGAGAGAGAGAAGAAGAAGAAGAUUCUUGCUGACCGAAGGAAACCUCUCAGCAUCGACCAUCUGAAUGAGGACAAACUCAAGGAGAAGGCCAGUGAGAUGUGGCAGUGGAUGAUGGAGUUGGAGGCAGAGAAGUUUGACCUCAGUGAGAAACUCAAGAGACAGAAGUAUGAUAUUAACCAGCUUCUCACCCGGGUCCAGGACCACCAGAGCGCCAAAGGUCGAGGCAAGAAGAUGGGCCGUGUGAGGUAAAGGAGCAGCCGCCAUGGUCGAGGGCAGACAGUCAUGACUGGAGAUCGGCCCACGAUGAUAAUGUGUCUGUAUACGUGAUGUUCAUUGUUCCGUCUGGUAUAACAGCAGACUGGAUCACAAGUCAAUAAACGGCUCAUUUAACCCUGGUACCACUUUUUGAGAAUAUACAGAACAAAUCUGCCACUUCAAGUUAGACGUUGCCACACAAUUCAGC